AUGCUACGGGAGCAGCAGGAGCGGGGCUGGCUCGCAAGCAAGCCCGGCGCCGAGGGGGACGGCAAGGCAGGGACCCCGCCGACAUGGGCAGCGUCCCCGGCUGCCCCAGCAAGAGCAGAGCUGGUGAGGACACUCUUUGUCAGCGGGUUGCCUCUGGACAUCAAGCCCCGGGAACUUUACCUGCUCUUCAGGCCCUUUAAGGGUUACGAAGGGUCUCUCAUCAAACUCACCUCCAAGCAGCCCGUGGGCUUCGUCAGCUUCGACAGCACGGAGGCGGCGAAGAACGCGCUGAACAUGCGCUGGCUCCCUCCCUCCGAGGCUGGUUCUCAGGGCUGGAAGUCCCGUCAGUUCUGCUGAAUGCCGGGUCUCAGGUGUGUGAUGGUGGCCUACAGUCAGUCUUGUGGGUAUUAAUGGAGUCUUCCAAGGCGGCUACUGGGUUGGCGUGCUCUCCGCAAAACCACAGUGUGCUGGCUUGAAAAAAAAAAAACCAAAAACCUCACACAAGUUUGGAUUCCUCCAAGACUUUCCCACAGCCUCUAUCACACAUCUGCUCUCCUAGAAGAAAAACGAAAAGCAUACCUAGUAAUAAUAUUUUCCUCUUUUACACUGUAUAUUUGUAAGAAAGAGUGUGUUACUUCUGAAAGCAUGGUUUGACAGGCAUUGCUGUAGUGUUUGAAAAGUCUUUUCAAACAGAACCAUAGGAAAGCAGACUACAAAAAAAAGCAAAAUGAGAGCAAGUAUUUUUGUACCAAACCUCCUAAAUAGGACAAUCUUACACUGGGUCGGACCACAGGUUUUGUGCUUGACUUUUGAAUGCGUGUAAUUAAGAGUCUCUAUCCUGCCCCCCUCCCCCCCGUCAGCUGCAUGUCGAAGGCACGACGUUCACGUGCGUGCAGAUGUCGAGACGCACGAUUCGGGUUUGUAGGAGUUGUGCUCCCUCUGGCACGAGAGUUGUGCUCCGGCUGUGUCGGCACGACGUCUGCCGACACUUACAGUAUUACCGUUUUCUUCCCAGUUGUACCAAAUGACAACCAGGCAGGACAAUCAGAAACUUUCUUAUGGUGAUUUUUUUUACCUUAGGGCUAUGUUAAUAGCUUGCUGUGCAAAGCUUCGGCAUGGUACAACGGCUCGGAUCAGGGAUGGGCAGAGACAGCCCGCACAUGUAGCAAGGUGACAAUUUGCCUCCUCCUCCUGCCAUGACUGCUUGAAGUUGUUACGGGCAACAUAAACUGCUGUAUGAGGAAAAACAAACAAACAAACAAACAAACAACACACCCUCAGUUCGCCAGCUUACUCGAGGUCGGGUGCGAGUCCCGAGCGAGCCGAGGGGCUUAGACACGCGCCUACCGUUACGCCAAAGCGCUGGGCUGAACGGGGGUUUUAGCGUCAAGGUUAUGCCGGUCCGGCGGCUCGCUGUGUAGCAUUUCCAUGUUUCCAUGUGCAAAGACAAGAAGGGAGGCUGCUAACACCCUUGGGGCGGUAUCUGUAACCUCUACAGAGAUAGCGUACCAGCAAAGAGAUCGCUUGACGUACUAGUUUCUCCUCCUCCUUGCUCCAGGAGGAAUUGGGAAAAAGAAAGAGCAAAGCAAACCAAACCAAACCCUCAAACAGAUUUCAGUUUCUUGCAAAAGGAGGCGCAAACCUUCUCCUUUCAUUGCCCUUCCCCCUCACCCCAUCCCUGCCGCAGAGUACACCGAGCUCAGCCGCUGCCCGGGCUUCGCCGUAGCCGGUUUUCCUAGCUGCACCGAAGACACAGGGUGCCCGUGGCCUUGUUAAACAUCAUAACCUUUUUCUUCCUCCUUCCUUUUAUUCUGUGGGUGGGCCAAAAUAAGACGGCUGAGAUUUCGGCUGCCGGGGCGGGGUGAGAUGGUGCGAUGGGAAACUGUCCCGUUGGGGUCUUCUGUAAAAAGCGGGAUUGAUAAAGGCGACGUGAGAGGAAAUCAAUUCCCAGACAGACCUCUGAGCGGCUCUAAAAGGAACGGUACCAGCGUUUCCAAGCGACGGACUAACUCUUUUAGCAAACUAUUUCCUGUACUUUGUCUCGUGGAGAGGAGAGAAGCUUCCACAUUGUCUACUCCGCUUUUGGAAAUAUGUUUAAAGGUACUUUUCUAUUGUAAUUUUUUAAAAAUAAAACCAGUGAUUAU